AUGCCCCUGCUCUACCCUUGUCCCAAUGACGACUGGUUUGAUUGGUCUAACAUCGGGACACGCUUUGUUUACGGUGUUCCACGGGAACUGGACGACUGGCUUAAAAAAUUUUUUGGUGGGAGUGUGCGCGCUUCGUAUCGGGGUUGUGCUGUACUUACUCAACGUCUAGACAGAGAUGAGACCGUCUUAUACAGGGUGGCGGUGGAGUAG